AUGGUGUUUGUUAAAAACUGGGAGGACUUUGAAAUUGCCGCGGAGAAUAUGUAUAUGGCGAACCCACAAAACUGCCGAUACACCAUGAAAUACGUGCACAAUAAGGGGCACUUACUGCUAAAAAUGACGGACAAUGUGAAGUGUGUGCAGUAUAAAGCGGAAAACAUGCCCGAUCUGAAGAAAAUUGAGAAAAUCACAAGCAAUCUGGUUGGUCAUAUGGCGUCCAAGGAGUAGCUAAUGCAACAAAUUGGCCACGGCAGCAAUUUGGAUCAAAUGAAACAACAACAACAACAUUAUAAACUAUUUGCUGUUGGUGUUAGCUGAACCGUUUGCUGUGUGUUUCAUCCUACACUUGUUUAGUUUAUAAGCGCACUGGACCCGCGGCAGGCUACGAUGUGGUAACAAGAGUAGUUUACUGUUUAAAUAACAUUGUUAUAAAUGUUAGCUCUGUGCACAGCAGCCAGCCGAAGAAUAAGGGUCCCGGUGCUUUUUUAAAUUUAUAAUACUUUUGUAUUUAUUGUAAUGUAAAUGUGUGCAGUUAGCUGCACUAUGGUGACUUAUUGAAUUAGUCCACAUUUCCAUGAAAUGCUUUAAACAAAUUAAAUGGUGUUUUUAUAAGAAAGUAAAA